AUGUUGAUCCCUUUCUUGGGGAUCUUCGUGGGCAUGACUCUCUGGAGUCAGUGGUUCCCCAUCCCGGGGUUCACUACUCCAGAGCAGUCGUUCGUGCGGCGUCUGGCUGGUUCAUUCCAGCUGACGGUGGAGUCGUGGGCCUUCUGUGACCUGGUGGACACUGCCGCCUCCCAGCGCGGUGUUUUCCAGGGCGAGCAUCCUGUAUGGGAGUCGCCUUCUCACGUUGGCCAUGGGUAUGCAAACUCGACGGGCUUUGUGCUCGUCUCAACGGACUUUCUGGUUCUUAGCCUUGAAACGGAUCUCAUCAUCCGGCCUGGUCUGGUUGAUGAGAUGCCGUCUGGGUUUCCAACCCCGUUCCCGGUACCCAUCUCGGUCUUGCCUCGGUCUUGCGAUGGGGGAGUGACAUCCUCUGCACCCCAGAGGUUUAUCAACCCCAUCGUGAUUAGACCCAAGAUCGAGCACCUUGGCUUCCUCACCACGUUGUGGUUCAUCUGUGUUUGGUGUAUGGUACAAAUCCCUUGGGCUUUGAUUGCUUACCAACGACAAUCGCGCUCCGGACUUGAUACCUUGAUUUACUGGACUCUGAAGUUUCUCGAGGGCCAACCGCAGAUUGCACGUGUGCAAUUUGUGGGCGAGGACGAUUCAUCUUCCUUUGACGAGGAGAUGGAUCGUCUUAUCGCGGGCCCAAAGGAAACGGACGAGGACAUUCUUUCUUGGGUCAUGGCCGCAGACAGUUGUCCCGAAUCUGUGUCUCAUGUGUCGGUUCUCUCUCGGUCUGGAGGUAUCUGGGUCCACCGGAUAUUCGAAAGCCUGGGAGAUGAGCAAGCACUGGUCCCAGUAUCGGCUUGCAAUACCACUGACCCGGUGAACACUACGGAUGACGCUCGCACGGACUUGGUCUCUCGGCAUCCUUGGAACUCGAGUGCUCUCUACGCCUCCGACUCUGAGGAUCCUUCGGCUCCGGCUGAGGGUCCGAUUAGUAACGGUGCGGAUGAUGAGCGUCCUGAUUCCACCCCUGCGUCCUCUGGAAGAAGGAACCGUCCGUCGCAAGCAAAGAGACGUCGCGAAGCAAAGAGAGCAGCACAACAGGGAAAGAAGGAACUACAGCACUCCAGUGUUCUAGCCUCUUACGCUUCCAGUGCUUCUGCUUCUCUUGCGAUGUCUUCGAGCUCGACGCCUUUGUCGGCUUUGGCUCCGGUCUUCGUUCCUGGUCGUCUGGCGGAGCAGGAUGAUCUGCAGAGUGGUCCUCCUUCUUCAGCUCCCUUGUUCGCAUCCGCGGGCAUUGAUCCUCCUGCAGACUGUGGUACGACUACGCCCGAUGAGAACGCUCCGCCCCAGCUGCACCACCGCCGCCGUCGCCGUCGACAGCGUCGUGCCUAG